AUGUGUUUGCACAAACUUUCCACAGUGGAUGACACAUUGGAAGUGUUAGGAACUCCAAAGGAAUACAAACGGUUACGUAAUUGGAUAAUACGAAUAAUAACCGGAUGGAUUAUAUGGUCUUUUUUCAUGAAUACAUUCGACAGUUUGUGGUUAAAUUACGAAUAUUUCAGUAUCACUCGUAUGUUUGUCCCUUUUUUAGGAAAUCAUUUGCUUCAUAUCAAUACUUUAAGUGCUUUAACUUGGGGAACUAUACUAAGAUACACAAGCUCCAGAUUCCAAAAAGUCAAUGAGCAUAUUCGUAUAAUCCAUUCUGAUCUGUUAAAAGAUAAUGCAGAUUAUACCAGGAAACAAAAUAGAUUUAUUUUAGUCAAUCAGGGAAGAACAGAAGUCAAGAAAUACAAGCAAUAUAUGUGGAUUAUAAUGCACGUCCACUUACAACUAUGCCUCAUAUCACGCGAGUUAAACAAAGUAUUUAGUGUACAAAUGUCACUACAAAUGACAUCUUACUUUGCAUUUAUUGUAUCGGUAUGUCGCGAAAUUUAUACAACGUAUAUAAACAAAAAUACAAAAACAAUAUUGGAACAGUUUUUAGACAGUAUAUUUGCUUAUAUAUGGGGAAUCAUAUAUAGUGUCAUGAUUCUCACGUUAAACCAUAUCUGCCAAAUUGUCUACUGCAAGGUAAAUGAGACAGUAGCAAUUCUUUACAAAUUGUCCAAUGAUAAUCUCGAUGAAGACUUACGCGAGCAGACUCUACAAUUUAUAUUACAAAUAAAACAAAGGAAAGUAAAAUUUGGCAUGGGACUUUUCUACUUUGGUUAUGAUUUCAUUCGUCGGUUCUACAAAUCAAUUGUGACCGUUUUAGUGAUUAUAAUACAGAUGCAUUAUACGUAUGAGGAACCUCUACCUAAUUAA